AUGAAGUUCAAUAAUUCAGGAUUUAUUUUCACAGUCGCUGCAGUUGCAGUUUUUACUGAAGCUGCUGCAGUCACCAUGACCCCUUCAUCCAAACCUUGCACCUCGGAAACCAAUUUAGUUUCCAUGUACGGUACCUGUGGUGGUAUCAACUACAGCGGUCCUACACAGUGUGUUGCUAGUGCUACUUGUCAAUCACAGAACCCUUACUACUAUCAAUGUGUUUCUGCUACUGGUGGUGCUUCAUCUUCCAGCACAUCCUGCACCACUUCUGCUACUCCUGCUACCCCAACCACUACUUCCGCUUCAGCUUCCACUUCAAUCAUCUCCACUGCUACAAAUAGUAAGACCGGUUCUGCCGCAACUGGCUUAGUUUCCAUGUACGGUACCUGUGGUGGUAUCAAGUACAGCGGUCCUACACAGUGUGUUGCCAGUGCUACUUGUCAAUCACAGAACCCUUACUACUAUCAAUGUGUUUCUGCUACUGGUGGUGCUUCAUCUUCCAGCACAUCCUGCACCACUUCUGCUACUCUUGCUACCCCAACCACUACUUCCACUUCAAUCAUCUCCACUGCUACAAAUAGUAAGACCGGUUCUGCCGCAACUGGCUUAGUUUCCAUGUACGGUACCUGUGGUGGUAUCAACUACAGCGGUCCUACACAGUGUGUUGCCAGUGCUACUUGUCAAUCACAGAACCCUUACUACUAUCAAUGUGUUUCUGCUACUGGUGGUGCUUCAUCUUCCAGCACAUCCUGCACCACUUCUGCUACUCUUGCUACCCCAACCACUACUUCCACUUCAAUCAUCUCCACUGCUACAAAUAGUAAGACCGGUUCUGCCGCAACUGGCUUAGUUUCCAUGUACGGUACCUGUGGUGGUAUCAAGUACAGCGGUCCUACACAGUGUGUUGCCAGUGCUACUUGUCAAUCACAGAACCCUUACUACUAUCAAUGUGUUUCUGCUACUGGUGGUGCUUCAUCUUCCAGCACAUCCUGCACCACUUCUGCUACUCUUGCUACCCCAACCACCACCUCAUCCCCAGUUUCAUCUUCCAGCACGUCUUUUACCACUUCUGCUAUCACUGGUGUUCAAAACACUACUUCCGCUUCAGCGCAAACUUCAAUCAUCUCCACUGCUACAAAUAGUAAAACCGGUUCUGCCACAACUGGCUUAGUUUCCAUGUACGGUACCUGUGGUGGUAUCAACUACAGCGGUCCUACACAGUGUGUUGCCAGUGCUACUUGUCAAUCACAGAACCCUUACUACUAUCAAUGUGUUUCUGCUACUGGUGGUGCUUCAUCUUCCAGCACAUCCUGCACCACUUCUGCUACUCUUGCUACCCCAACCACUACUUCCACUUCAAUCAUCUCCACUGCUACAAAUAGUAAGACCGGUUCUGCCGCAACUGGCUUAGUUUCCAUGUACGGUACCUGUGGUGGUAUCAACUACAGCGGUCCUACACAGUGUGUUGCCAGUGCUACUUGUCAAUCACAGAACCCUUACUACUAUCAAUGUGUUUCUGCUACUGGUGGUGCUUCAUCUUCCAGCACAUCCUGCACCACUUCUGCUACUCUUGCUACCCCAACCACUACUUCCACUUCAAUCAUCUCCACUGCUACAAAUAGUAAGACCGGUUCUGCCGCAACUGGCUUAGUUUCCAUGUACGGUACCUGUGGUGGUAUCAACUACAGCGGUCCUACACAGUGUGUUGCCAGUGCUACUUGUCAAUCACAGAACCCUUACUACUAUCAAUGUGUUUCUGCUACUGGUGGUGCUUCAUCUUCCAGCACAUCCAGCUCCACUUCUGCUACUCUUGCUACCCCAACCACCACCUCAUCCCCAGUUUCAUCUUCCAGCACGUCUUUUACCACUUCUGCUAUCACUGGUGUUCAAAACACUACUUCCGCUUCAGCGCAAACUUCAAUCAUCUCCACUGCUACAAAUAGUAAAACCGGUUCUGCCACAACUGGCUUAGUUUCCAUGUACGGUACCUGUGGUGGUAUCAACUACAGCGGUCCUACACAGUGUGUUGCCAGUGCUACUUGUCAAUCACAGAACCCUUACUACUAUCAAUGUGUUUCUGCUACUGGUGGUGCUUCAUCUUCCAGCACAUCCAGCUCCACUUCUGCUACUCUUGCUACCCCAACCACCACCUCAUCCCCAGUUUCAUCUUCCAGCACGUCUUUUACCACUUCUGCUAUCACUGGUGUUCAAAACACUACUUCCGCUUCAGCACCAACUUCAAUCACCUCUGGUGCCACUGCAAGUUCAUCUUCCAGUACUCCUUCUAUUACUCCUGAAACUUCUGGUUCAAACUCCAGCCAAUCCAUCAAUGCCUCGAGUUCUGGUUCCGUUAUUAGUGCUUUGAGCGCUACUUCUAGCAUUGGCUCUGCCUUGGAAACUUCUUCUACUUUCGUUUCGGAGAUCUCUUAUAAUGCUAGUUCUGAAACCAUCUCUGUAUCUUCCUCUGGCUCUAAAUCUGUUUCUUCCACUGGUAUUGUUUCUAGCUCUGGAACUGUCUCUGCUACUGCUCCUGGAACCGGUUCUACCUUAGUUUCGAGAACCAACUCUGUUUCUAGUUCUGAAACUACUUCUGUUGCCUCAAUAGUCACCUCCAUCUUGGUUCCUGAAAUCGACACAACUGUUGUGUACACAAUCACCUCCUGCGGUACCAAAACUUGCUACCCAGUUGUUAGCAGCUCUAUUCAGAAGAGCACUGCUUCCUACACCACUCACUCACCAUCGGCUCUAUUGGCCAGUUCUACUGUUGGAUCUGAGCAGUUGAGCUCUGCUUCUGCUUCUACCGCUCUAUCAGGUACUACCCUGGUCUCUGCAACCGAAAAUGUUUCUUCUUCUUCUUCUUCUUCUUCUUCUUCUUCUUCUUCUUCUUCUUCUUCUUCUUCUUCUUCUUCUUCUUCUUCUUCUUCUUCUUCUUCUUCUUCUUCUGCUGCUGCUGCUGCUACUACUACGUCUGUAUAUUCAGAGAAAUCUGCAGCGUACUCUACCGGUGCAUCAAUUAGUGGCACUCCAUCAUCAUACAAAGAAACUUACCACACUAUAACCAAUACAAUUAUGACCACCUUAAUUAGCGCCAUGCCAUCUACUUCAUCCAUAACCUAUCCAACACAUGCUAUUAAUUCAGGCGAUAGUGGAAGCUCGUCAGCUUUGCGUCAAAACUCAUCGACUGACUCACCAACAUCUGCUGCUUCAUAUGGUGCUGCUACAACCUCAGCAACUGUUCAAGCUCAAGAGGGUGGAGCUUCUAGAGCCUCCACAAAUAUUCCGGGUAUUUUUGGGUUGAUUUUUAUAUUGUUAUUCCUUUUCUAA